CACAUUAGUUAAUUUAAAUUAGAAGAAGAGAGAGGGAGAGAGAGAGUGCAAAGGAAGGAAGAGGCUAACAAAUGGAGGUAACAAGGCAUAGUUGCUUGAAGCUUGAGCUCAAAGACGUGGAUCCAAUCUUCGUCAAAGGGACCUGGUUCGACUCUCGAUUCGAGCUCUCUCUCACCGAUGGCCACAACGCUUGGAUUUGCCGAGCUUCGGAAGAGGAAGUGAGAAACCGAGCGGCACAGUGGGACCAACCGGUAUUGGAGUACGUAUCAUUGGCCGAGCAAUACUUGGGUUUUCAACAGCCCCAUUCACUGUACGGUUUUGCCGAUGCCGGAGAUGGCCAUAAAAGGUUGUCGUGGACUUUUGAGAAGGAAGGAACUAAACUCCAAUGGCGGUGGAAAUGUGAACCAGCUCCUGAUAGUAAACAAACUACAGCAGAGAUAUUGGACUUUCUAAUGGAUGCAAACAUAAGAUUAAGUGAAGAAGUUGUCAUAAAAACUCAAUCUUUUGAGAGGUUGAAAGUUGAAGCUGAGAAGUCUUUGGCACAGAGUGAGAAGAUUAGCAAGGAGAAAGUGGAGUUUGAAUCUGCAUUAUAUGCAAAGUUUCUCAAAGUCUUGAAUUCGAAGAAAGCAAAACUCAGAGAUCUGCGAGAUCAACUUACAGAACAGGGUGCUGCUGUGGGGAAAUUGCCGCAAGAAGAGGAAGAUGAAUCCACAGACAAAACUGAAAGUUUCGAUGAUAUAAGUGAGGAAGAGUCUUCAAAGAACAUCACAGGGACUUCAAAGGAUGCUCAGACUAGCAGGCCUCGUGGCCAGAAGAGGACCACGAGGAAUUAGAGUUUACUGUGUGUAGAUUAUUCAACAGACCUAUGUCAAUGUCAAAAACUGCUUCAUAGCUAAUGUAUACUUCAAAAUCUGUACUGUCAAGUCUUUUCUGUAUGUAUAGUAGUGACUAUUUUCAAUCCC